CGAGACGCCCCGUGCAGAGAGCCGUUUAAAGGGAGAGGUUUGAAACUGUCCGGUCCAGACUGUGAACGGAGCCGGUGCUAUGUGGGGAAAAAAAACGUUGUUAAUGCUGUUUACAAGCGAGCAGGUAUGAACAGGAAACGCGCUCUGAUUUCAGACACCUUCAAGGUGAAGAGAAUAAGAGUUGGCACAGAGAAGUUUGGAGCUGUUAAAAACCAACAUGGGCCAGCUGACAUCAAAUCCACCAUUCAGUACCUCAUGACGCUCUUCCCCAGGAAGCUCUUCAAUGACACAUUGCCUCAAAUUGUUCUCAAACACCAACUGUACAGCAUACACAAUGACAAGACUUUGGUGGACAAGGAGCUGAAUAAACUGCGGGAGCGAGGAGAACUUCUGAUGUUCCAGCUCGGGUUUGACGCCGAAGCUUUUGGGCUGAUUUUUGCGUCCGACUACAAGGCCAAAGUGCUGGCAGCAGAGGAGGGCAGAGAGACACGAGCGACCGUGGAGAAGUUCUUGGAGAAAGUGGUGUCGUCCUGCACGGAUCUGAGCUUCAGCAAGGACAAGAUGCUCAGGGAGUUCCUGUUCACAGACUCGGAGAUAACGCAGCUGGUUAAGUCAGGAGUCCUGACUGUGAGGGACGCAGGCAGCUGGUGGCUUUCCAUUCCCAACUCUGGCAAAUUCACCAAGUACUUUAUACAAGGUCGUAAAGCGGUGCUCGGCAUGGUGAAGAAGUCCAAAUAUAGCGAAGUCUUAAAGGCAGAGCUAGAAGAGCGGCGGACGACCGCACACGUGAAAUUCCACAUGAAAUACCACAUCCAUGACAUUGUUGGUGCAGAGCUGGUAGAGAGCAUACCUACAACUUCAGGGACCUUGUUAAGGUUUGUAGAUUAAGACCAACUGAUCCAGCAAGUGACUGAAGAAGAUAAACACAUAAGCUAUACAAAGAUUAUGAAAAGUAUGUGUACGAUAAGACUGAGUACAUGAGAUUUAUGUGCCAAAUAUAUUAUAACCUUGUGGGUUUAUGAAUUGUCAAUUAUGUUGACAUGACUGUGUUAAGAUUUAUCUUGUAAUAAAAAUAAUGUGAAAUGUU